AUGCCCGCACAGAUCCUGAGCUUGAGCAGCCCUCAGAAGGUAAAGGUAGAAGGGCUAUCGCCACCGGCAGCAUGGGUAAUCACCAUCAGGCUGAUGACAGCUGAAGAUGCUGGCGCCGAGUCGGACAUACAAUCCAUUAACUCGGAUGCACCUCCGGCCUGGAAUUCGGACGACGAGCCACCGGAAGAUCACGUAGGAGAUGAAAACACCUGCAGUCGGGAUGGGGCGGUUAAGAAGUUGAUUCAGAAGGUGGGAAAAGGUCUGGAACGGCCCGGCCAAAACGACAUCGUGACAGUCCGUUUCUCCACACUUCAGCUCGAUGGCCCACCUAUCGAGGAUGUUGCGGAUCAGAUCACGGUUGAGAUGGGGGACAACAAGCUCCCGCUGGCUGUAGAGUUUGCAGUGAAGAGCAUGCGGGUCGGAGAGGUUGCAGAGAUCCGCGCCCCAGCAGCGUACAGCAAGAUCCUGUCUCCGCUUUGUGGCCGACAGCUGCGUACCCAGCCAGGCGUGCUUCCGAAGACUGGCAAAGUGAAGCGGAAGCUGCGUUUUUUGCCCGCGGCCCCAAAGGGGCUAGCAGAGCAGGCCAAAGUCGACCUCCUGAAGUUUCGCAAGGCCAAGCAAGAAGCGGAAGCGGAAGCGGAAGCGGAAGCAGCUGCGGCAGCCGCGCCUGCGCCUGCGGCUCCUCCCAUGUUCCGAGCACGGGUGGAGUUGCUGGGCUUCGAGUGCGUGUUGGCGCUGACAGAGGACCGAAGCGUUACCAAACGCAUCUUGCAAAACGGCUCUUCCCGCCGGCGGCCUCGUCGAGGGGACGUUGUCAGCUUCUCCUACUGCCUUCUGGAAGAUGCAGGGGCGAAGAGGAGUUCACCACGCAAAUGCGAGCUCACCCUGGGAGAGGACGAGCUGCCCUAUCCCCGGCUCGAGCAUGUCAUCUACUCGAUGAAGGAGGAUGAGCGUUGUCUGGCGCGUCUUCUGUCAGCCGGAGCCGAAGAGGAGGGAAUGCCCAAUCUUCAGAUGACCGAGCUGGAAGUCACUUUACUGCGCUGGCGACGCCGCGACCUUCUCCCCGUCGCCCCACCUGGAGAAGCUGUGCAGGCGGAGGGCACAGGGCACGUGUCAGCAGCUUCGGCACUUCAGAAAACCGAGAUCCGGCAGGGACCGGAGCGACGAUUUCACGACAUCGAGGCUGGCAGCAUGGUCUUGGUCGCCUUUCGGGAUCCAGGCCAUAGCAAGGGGACGCUCCUCUCCUGGCGCGCCGGCGAGGGGGUCGUCCCCGGCUACAUUGAAGUUGCAGUGGCAAGCAUGCGCUUGUGUGAGAGCGCCGACUUCAAAGCUCCUGUCGCGGUUCAGCUGUGCCGUCCCACAGGUCCAAGCUACGAAGGGCAGACGCCACUGCGGAAGCUGGAAGUCCUCGAGCUCUGCCCACUGCUGGAUGAGCUCCUUGCUGAUGACGGAGUGCCUACCGCUGCAGAUGCCGACGGAGCAGGCAGUCCCUCAAGCCAGCCUUACCAGCUCCCUUCCGACUGGCCCGUACAGGGACAGACGGCAGCGUGGGCAGACCUCAAGCUCGUCGACGACAGCGGCAGUUUUAGACUGGCACUUCUAGCAGCGACGGAAGCUGUUGAUCUGUGCUUGCUGGAGGAGGAAGGACAGCUUCACUUCCUGGAGCUGGAGAAGGCACACGGCAAUGCUCUGGCGCGGGAGAGCCGCUUCGAAGAAGCAUCCGAAGCAUACAAGCGAGCGCUUGAUGCCGUGCGGCGGAGUCCCAUGUACAAGGCUCUCUUCCCCACAGAGCGAGGGCACAUCCAAGGUGCCUACAGCCGCGAGGCCGGCGAAGGUGAAAACCCUCUGCAGGGCCUUUCUGAUCAGGAGGUCUCCACGCGCAGAAGUCAUCUCGUUGCGCUGCACUUGAACUUGUCCCUCUGCGCCAACAAGGCCCGGCUUCAUGCCUUGGCCAGACGACAUGCAGACAUCGCUCUUGGUGCCGAGCCCGAGAAUGCCAAAGCUCUCUACCGCCGUGGCCAAGCUGCUGCAGGACAGAGUGACUUUGAGGCGGCCCUGCAAGACCUGCAGAGGGCUGCGGAACUACAGCCGCAGGACAGGACCAUACGAGCAGAGAUCCAGUCUGUUCAACGCGGCCUAAAAGCACACAAGGAGGUGCAGAAGACGAUGUUUCAGAAUGUGUUCCAGCCCUCCAGCAGAAAAUCGCCAGGUCCAAUUCAAGAAGGAAAGGACUAG